CACACAGCCACAACAGCCAUUUUCAGCUCUACUUCUCUUCUAUCUAUAGUCCCAUUCUCUCAUUUCAGCCCUUAUUCACCGAAGAAAAACCCCCUACAAUAUUCCGAGCCUUUAUAGGCUUUUAUAGACAUCUAACAUGGCAAGUGUGAUCAUGUCCGGUGUGACUAAGGUUGUUUCGAGUGUCCAGAAACACAUUGAGGGCGACCUCAACUUGUUCUCCAUGACUGACCAAACAAUCCUGGACCUUAUUUACGCUACUCAUGUCCAUGCUGAUGAGUCUUUUGACGAGGACUCUCUCUUCAUCAUAGUCGAAAAUGUUCUUAAGCGCGCUACUCAAAUUGUAGACAAAGUUGUUCAGGGUAGCCAAGUUCAUGUGGAGAACAUAGAAGACAAGUUCCCUAGCAAUGCUAAUUUCACAGUCCCCUUGUGCACACUUAAGAGUAUUGGCUCUGAGCUUUCGUGCAAGGCUCCGGGAGAGAAAGUUGCCCACCAAGCAACACUGGCCAUUCUCAACAAGCUGUCAAACUACUCAUGGGAAGCCAAGGCAGUGCUAACACUGGCAGCAUUCGCCUUAGAGUUUGGGGACUUUUGGCUCCUAGCCCAGCACCAGCAAACGGACAACCUCGCCAAAUCGUUGGCUAUACUGAGAAAAGUGCCGGUACUCAUCAAGCCAACUGAGCUUCAAAAGCGUCGCCAAGCUAUCCUUGAGCUCAACAAUCUGAUCAAAACCACUAUGCAAGUCAUUGGCCUCUUCGACGAGUUUGAGAAGCUAUCUAACACUUAUGACCCCAAAGACGUUACUGGCUUGGCUGUUGCCUUGGACCACCUUCCUGUCGAUGUCUACUGGUGCAUUCUGACUAUUGUGGCUUGCUCUACUAAGAUCUGCACUCUCAUAAGUGAAGAGGAGAAGCCACAAGAUCUAUCACCCUAUUCUCAGAAAGUGCAUUACAUCCUCAACAAGAUUAAGAUACAGCUUAUAUUCUGCAGAAAGCAAAUAGAUGAGGCUGAAAGUUAUAGGAGGCUUUGGAAGCUUUUCAAAACUCCAACGGAGAUCAUGGAGAUUUUUAAGGCGUUGAUCUUUACUAAGGGCACUGUUCACCCUCUUAUUGAUGGUUCAACUAACAAAGCGGUUCAAAUAGAAGUGUUGAGGAGAAAGCAUUUGCUGCUGUACGUCACAGGGCUAGACAUCACCGACGAAGACAUUUUGGUUCUUAAACCUGUUUAUGAAGCUACCAGGAAGGACGAUAAGUACAAGAUUGUAUGGAUUCCCAUUGUGGAACAAUGGACUGAAGAGCUGAAGAAAAAGUUUGAAAGCCUUAGAGUCAAGAUGCCAUGGUAUGUCGUCCAGUACUUCUCUCCCAUUGCAGGCUUGAAGUUCAUCAAGCAGGAGUGGAACUAUAAGGGCAAGCCUACCCUAGUUGUGAUGAGCCCUCAAGGGAAAAUUGAAAACUUCAAUGCCCUUCACCUCGUUCGUGUCUGGGGAAUUAGGGCCUUCCCUUUCAACAAAGCUGUCGAAGAAGACUUAUCCAAGGAGCUCACCUGGAUUGGUCCUGUGGUGACUAACAUUCACCCCAGUAUUCCAACUUGGAUCAAAGAGGAGAAGUAUAUCUUCUUCUAUGGAGGGAAGGACAACGAUUGGAUCCAACAGUUCACAAAGAGAGCCACUCUGCUUGUAAAUGAUCCCUUCAUCAAGGACACCUUAAAGAUCCACAUUGAGUUGUUCUGCGUUGGAAAGACAGCCAAAGGAGGAGAGGACCACGGCAUCUUGGGCAAGUUCUGGACCGGAAUAGAGAGCUUGUUCUUCACCAAGGCUCACAAGCAAGCUGUGGACCCUGUGACUCAAGAGAUCCAGAAGCUGCUCUCCUACAAGAACGAGAGUGGCUGGGCUGUGCUCAGCAAAGGGUCGACUGUUGUGGUCGCAGGUCAUGGUUUCACCUUCCUGAGGGUUUUGGAGGAGUUCGAGAAGUGGAAGGAGUUUGUGAAGGAAAGGGGUUUCGAGUUUGCUUUUAAGGAGUACCACACCAAGGUUAUUCAGUCUGUUCGUCAUUGCUGCCGUCUUGAGCUGCCAACCCUUGCUGGAAAGGCCCCUGAGGUGAUGAAAUGCCCCGAGUGCCCUCGUACCAUGGAGACUUUUGUUAGCUACAAGUGUUGCCACAUUGAUGGUCCUACCAAUGGUCAUUGAACAUAUGUGACAUGUGGCUUUCUCUCUUUCUAAAACACAUGCCAGUGCUAUGGUCUACCUACUACUACUACUACUGUUGCUGCCUAUGACUGAGUCCCCUUGUCCAUUAGGAUAUCUUUUGAGAGGCUUGAGUGUUUUUUUUUCUUUUUCUUUUUCUAGGAUGUGGAACUUUGCUUCGUGUAAUCUAAUAGUGCUAUCAUAUAUAUGGUGCUAUUAGUAAAAUAAUGUUUUAGGUAUUUGAAUUGCUGUAUGGAUUAAUGUGAUUGAUGCCUAAAAUAUAUUUUUACUUCUGUCUC